AAUAAUUUCUGGAAGAUUCUUAGGUCAUCAUCUAGUAGAAAGUGCUAAAAUGAGCACCUCUCGCUUUGUGUUUUUAUCUGCUGUUGUGGUGCUGCUGUGUGCCGUAAGCCUCAGUCAAGGUAUGCGCAUUGGACCAAAGAGAUGCUGUUUCCAGUAUGCGGAACGUCAAGUGCCUUUCAAACAAGUAAUGGAAUACAGCAUGACAAGCCAGCAGUGCCCCAAAGAAGCCGUCCUGUUCAAGACUGCAAGGGGACGUUACGUGUGUGCCAGACCCAGUGAUCCCUGGGUACAGGAGUACAUGCAGGCCAUUGACAGCAAACGUGUUGGCAGUCAGGGGACCCUUUAAACGUCCUGA